GGAAACGGGAACGGGACAGUUGCUUUCUUCAUUGAAUAAUCUAAAUAAUUAAUACGAAGUGGUGUUUUGUGGUUGAUGAUCGCAUUAAGUUAGUCGGAAGACAUUCGCGAGUGUUAUUAUAUUGGAGUAUUCAAUAAACAAAGUGUAUCUGCCUAUUUUCGCUUCGUGUCAAGAAGCCGCUUCAUAACUCGAAAGUUUAUGCGGACUUUCGAGUUAAUUCGUUUGGGGUUCGGAGUAGGAGUCUACUCCGAGGGUGGGGGCUUAGGUUUCAUCAUCAUCACCUUUCAUCAUUUCAUCAUUCAUCAAGAAAAAAAAUACGUAAGACAUGGCUGUAUGGGCAUAGUUCCCUUUGCCUUACCCUUCGGGGAAAACCAAAACAAAAAAAAAAAAUUUAUAUUACUACGUUUUUGAGGUUAUGUUUUCUAUAACUCUUUUUAACUUUUUACAAAAUAUACAUUCUUUUACUUCUAUUUAAACAAGAAAUCAAUAAAAUAUGGGCAUAAUAUUUACUGUGAAAUUUAUUUUGUUUUAUUUAUUAAUAGUUUGCAACUUAAUUUAUAGUAAAAAACUAACUUUGCCGGAGUUAGACGAUAUAAACUCAAAAAAAAUAAAUGAAUGCCAGCGUUGCAAGGUUCUGGUGGAUUCCUUUAAUUAUUGGUUUGACAAAACUUCUCGAGGAAAGUUUGAAGGAGGUGACACAGCUUGGGAAGAAUCUAAAUUGAGGUCUUACGCUCGGAGCGAGAUUCGUCUAGUGGAAAUACAGGAAAGUUUGUGUUCUGAACUUCAUAAAUAUCAAGAUCAUUGCUACAGUCUCACGGAAGAAGCUGAACAACCUCUAGAGAAAUGGUGGCUUGAUAAGGAUCCUAAUUCAAUAGACUUGCAUACAUGGCUCUGUAUAGAAAAUUUAAAAUAUUGUUGCCCUGAAAAUCAUUUUGGCUUUUCUUGUGAGCCAUGUCCACUUGAUAAAGAUAAUAAGUUGUGUGGAGGACAUGGCAGGUGCAAUGGCGAGGGCACUAGAAAAGGCAAUGGAAGUUGUGAGUGUUUUAAAGGAUUUACGGGACAUAGCUGUGGAGAAUGUGCACAGAACUAUUACAGAGCGGACACAUACACCUGUGAACCUUGCCACAAAACUUGUGAUGGCUGUUCUGGAGCAGGAGCUGAUGCUUGCGAAGCAUGCAAGGAAGGCUGGAAGCUUGAGGGUGGAUUUUGUAAUGAUAUUGAUGAAUGUUCUGAUGCCAACACCUGUAAACCAAAUCAAUUCUGUAUGAAUGAAGAGGGAUCAUAUGCUUGCAAGUCCUGUGACAAGUCCUGCAAAACUUGUGCGGGCCCAGGGUGUUCAAACUGCACAUCUUGUGGACCCGGGGCAAUGUUCUGGUCUGGUGUUUGUGUUGACAGCAAGCUGAAAGAUGUUAUCUUGGCAGAGACACUGAAUAGGGUGAUAUUGUAUCUGGGACUACUACUUAUAAUAAUAUUAAUAACUAAAAUAUCUCAUGCUCUAGCGUCACUGGUAGUGUUAAUUGUUGCUGCUUACAUAUAUUACUCUGAAAAGAAUUCCACAAUGAAUGUUGUGUAUGUAAUUUCUAACUUGUACUUUUAAGCUUAUUUAUUCAAUAAUUAUGAUGUAUAAGACAAUGGUUAUACCUCUUUAUGUGUACAUUAGACACAAAAAUCAAAACAUGAUAGUGAGAUUAAAGUAGAUGAUUUAAUCACA